UUGGAUGAUCCAAUGAGUUAGAUGACAGAGAUUCUACAGUGAGCCCGCAUGUGGAGUGUGAGGUGAGGGGAAAAAGAGGACUGAGUUCUGAGUAGAUCUAAGGUCUAACCUAGCAAGAGCAACGGAGGUGAUGGCUCAGUUUAGAACACGUGGCAUAUUUAGAGAGGCAUAACUGAUACAAAACCCAAAAAGUGGGGCCAUUCGUGCUCACGUGUAUGAUUAAAUCCCGAAUUCGUAGCCGUGGCCGAUUGUUUUGCAUCCACCGAUCUCAUAUCACACCAGACCACACCACACCACCGCCUUGCUCUUUCGUUCAAAUUCUCACAGCUUCAAGUCCCUCAAUCGUCAAAUGUCCCCAACAAAGAUUCGGGGACCGAAAUCCGCUCCCUUCUUUCUAUUGGCCCAUUCUUUAUAUUUCCCAAUUUCCUUCUUCACAAUUAAAAAAUAAAAAAAAAAUAGUUAAUUAAUUUCGGAAACAAGGUGCACAAAGCAGAAGCCUCCUUCAUUCUGUCUUCGUAAACUCUCUUCCAUUUCUCUCUCUUCUCCAUCUUCCAUCUACGAUGGCAUUUUAAUGUAAAUGGCGGCAAGCUCCAGAGGUUUCGCGACUCAGUUAGACUUCAAACUCAGACGACUCGGUUUUCAUCAUCCACUGCAUCGUGAUAAUAACAAUGUCUCGGCGUUCAGGAAGCGGAGGAGGGUGAACUUUGAGGGCGACCGAGUCGUGGUGAGUCGAAUUAGUUGCUGCUGUUCGGACUCGGUACUUCCGAUUCGGAGAGCCACCGGAACUGGUAAGAGCGUUGAGAAGUCCGACGAGUGGCGGUUCGAUUCCAAGAAAAUCCGUCGCAGUGUUCGAAUCCAGGCUUCCCCUGCAUUGCCCUUUGCUUCACCUCAAUCUCUUUUCAUAUCCAAGCAAGAAAAGUUUUAUCCUCGCUGUAGCCAGCGAAAUUCCGGUCCACAGUCCCGUGACACGCCACCAAAAAGAGACACUGGAAUUGCGAAUGAAAAGGAUUGGGGCAUCAACCUGUUAAAUGAAAAUGUUAAUGAAUCUGGAACUAAUGAAGACGGCAGUACUUGGUACCGAGAAAGUGGGGAGGACUUGGGUGACAAUGGAUACAGAUGUAGAUGGACAAGGAUGGGUGGCCGCUGCCAUGAUGGUUCUUCAGAAUGGAGAGAAACGUGGUGGGAGAAAAGUGAUUGGACUGGAUACAAAGAGCUAGGUGUUGAGAAAUCUGGUAAAAAUGCUGAAGGGGAUUCAUGGUGGGAAACAUGGCAAGAGGUUCUUCAUCAAGAUGAAUGGAGUAACAUAGCAAGGAUAGAGAGGAGUGCACAAAAACAAGCAAAAUCAGGCACUGAAAAUGCUGGAUGGUACGAAAAAUGGUGGGAGAAGUACGAUGCUAAAGGAUGGACUGAGAAAGGAGCACAUAAAUAUGGUAGACUUAAUGAGCAAUCAUGGUGGGAAAAGUGGGGAGAGCAUUAUGAUGGAGGAUCUGUUAUCAAAUGGACAGAUAAAUGGGCCGAGACUGAACUUGGAACCAAAUGGGGAGACAAGUGGGAAGAGAAGUUCUUUGCAGGCAUAGGAUCGCGACAAGGGGAGACAUGGCAUGUAUCUCCCAGUGGUGAACGUUGGUCAAGGACAUGGGGAGAAGAACACUUCGGAAAUGGUAAAGUGCACAAAUAUGGGAAGAGCACAACAGGUGAAAGCUGGGAUAUUGUUGUGGACGAGGAAACGUAUUACGAGGCUGAACCUCAUUACGGAUGGGCGGAAGUUGUGGGUGAUUCAAGCCAGUUGCUAUCGAUAAAACCCCGAGAAAGGCCACCUGGGGUCUUUCCAAAUUUGGACUUUGGAUCGUCUCCACCUCCAGCUGAAGAACCCCCGAAGGAACCUCCACCUAGGCAAUGAAAAGAGCCAAAUUUUCAGGCUCCAUAUUUAAUUUAGGUUCUGUAAUCUGUAUAGCCCAGUCACAUAUUUGGUUGAAACUCAUCGUGUAACAAAUUAUUGUGGAUCGCGCUUCAAUUUUUUCAUUCUUUCAAUUUUCCAGUUGGGAUGAAUGAUCACAUUCUGGGUUUAUGGGUUAAAUCAGGUUUUUGGGUUUUCCAUUUCUUAAAGGCGAGGUCACCUGGAAUCACCACAUCAGCCAUGUCUUAACAUGCCCAUCUGCAUGAUCAAUGAGGCUUGAAGUUUGGGGUUCAUGUCUAACUGCCCAAAUCUGGUUCGGCCAUUGGAGAGAGGAAUUCCGAUUGGACUAUGUAUUGGACUAGUUAAAUUGUAAUGUUUUUGAUUUGGUUCCACUAGGGCCCACUGGUCUGAUAUGAUAAUUUCGUUAGCUGGAUGAGCCUGUAUGCACACACGGAUUUUCUGCAUAUUUUGUGAACAGAAAACAUAUUUUACUGCAUAAGUGUAGUAGGUCUGUUAUUAUUGUA